GCAGCAGGUGUUUCUCGUCACAGACGCUACAAAUAUCCCCUCAGCACUUCAUUUUCUGUAUUAAGACAGUCAUUGAAAAAGUAAAUAAGCACUACCCGGCGAAAAGGCAGAGUAUGUUGCUGUACUGUCUUAUCCUAGUUUUCCUUUACACUAAACAUUUAGCGAACGCGUUUGAUUUGGACGCCGCUGUCGCUGACCCAGAGCUGGAAUGGAACUCAAUGGCCAAUUUCACAGUUGCCGAUGAUGAUGAUUCUGAAAGUGUUGAGUUUAUCCCACGGUCCAAAGGCGAUUCGUCGCGUACUCUUCUAAAGCUACCUGGGUCAGUGCGAAUAUCAGCACAUCAGCUCCACACAGAGCUUUUCACUCCAGGAAGAGGAGGUAUCCCGGUGCCUCCGAAGGUCAGGGAGAUGCUUCACCCCAAAAUGCCGGUAGCAAAACCUGCUUAUACCUCGCGGGGGAAGCCGAUAGAGCUGUUGUGUCAUCUGGACCGCAUUUACGUGAGAGUCCGGAAAAGUUUGUUCUCCAGCCACAGCGCGCACAAACACCUGAAGCUGGGGACAUGUUCUGUCAAUAAACAGACGAGAACUCACUAUUAUUUUCUGUACAAUCUGAAAAGAUGUGGCUUGAAACGAGGGGUGGGCGACGAUUUAUGUUGUCUUUACGUACUAAGGAAGAUGAAAAUCGUAUCACUUACUCGAAUACUUUACGCUUUAGACCUGUGUCCACUGGAGUGAUUGUGAGGCAACUGCCUUUUACUGUGCCUGUUCGAUGUAGUUACCCCAAGUUCCAUCGCUCUUAUCAGACUGGGUUCUUGCCCAUUAUUUCAGGAGGAACAUUUUUCAAGACUUUACAAAGACACGGAGCAGAGACCACACUUACUGUAUUGGAUGACUCUUGGAACUUGCUUGGGGAUGAACCGAGCUUUGAGCUUGGUAAACCUGUAUGCUUUGAAGCCAGUGGCCCAGAUAUGGAUGUGAGCCAACGAUUGUACCUGAACCGUUGCUAUGUCAGUUCCUCUCCAAACUUUCAGGCAACUGAAAGAUAUUCUGUCAUAGAAAAUUAUGGAUGCCUUGUGGACAGCAUGAACAGUGCUCUGACAAAGUUCUACGACACUGAUAACAACAUGACUGUGAGAUUUUGUAUUGGAGCUUUUCUGUUUAAAACAAGGGUUCCCAAGACACAUUCUAAAGUGCCCCUGUAUAUGCAUUGUGAGAUGGACCUAGGACCUGAGACUCCCACACCUGAAGCCAAAUCGUGUACAUAUGACGCAAAAAACAAGAUGUGGACUGAGCUUUAUGGUGAUUCUUCAGUCUGUGACUGCUGUUCAUCUACAUGUUCUGAUGAUCCAGAGCCAGCUGAUUAUACAAUGAUCAGCAGUAAGUCCUGGGACAUGAAGGUAAAAAAGCUAAUCUCAUUGCCAGAGGAGCCCAUAGAGGAGUUCAUUUCACCUUGCCAUGAGGACACUGAGUCAUUCUGGGAGUCGCACGAUCCCUAGUAGGACAUCUUUUAUAGAUGGCAUACGUUUUAAGUUGGACCAUAACAAUGCCAUGGUUUGAUCCAAGUAGUUAUUUCAUAUUGAGUAAACUGAAUUCACUCGAG